CUGGCUUUUCCGCACCAACUCUCACCACCAUCAUGGCGGACCCGAAUAUCAUCGGUCCACAGCCAGAUGCUGGCCGUAUAGUACAACAUUUCCACGGUCUCGCCGAGGAAUUGUCAAAGCUCUCAAACGUACCGGCGCUGACUGAAGGCAAUCUCAUUCAACAUGCCGUAGCACAGCUCACCGAUCAAAUUCAGCAAAGCAACGUUCAAAUCAACGCUCAAUUCAACGCUCAAUUCACUCAAUUCAACGCUCAAUUCAACGCUCAAAUCGCUCAAAUCAACGCUCAAUUCGCUCAGAGAUUUGAUCAGCUUGAUAACAAGAUCGAUACGCUCACUACUCGAGUCAUCGCGAAUGAUCACAACGCCUCAGCUCGAGUUCAAAAUUCUUAUCUUACGAAAUCCUCCGAUCGACUUACACCACUAAUAAGUCCAUUGACUAAUAUCUUUAUCGAAUGGUUUCCUGUACGAUCUGGAGAUAUUCCAAAUAUGGAGAAUGAGAGGCUUGAUUUUGUCCUACAGGAGUUGGGUUGCUCUACAAAUGGGGGAAGAGAAGCCAAAGAGAAACGAUUGAGACUGUACAUCGGUCUUCAACCUAAACCAACUGGUGCAUGAAUUCUACAAGCAGGAGAGAGGUCAAGAGUGACUUGAAGGACAGAAGUCAUGAUGAACCUGAGCCAGAAGCUGUAUCAUUAGACUAGUGUACAAUUAGGGUGAGCUCAGAGCAGUUUUCACAUUCCUUUAGUUGCCAUUGCGCAAUGGACAUCCUCCAAUAUUUGUACCCAC